UAAUAUAUUAAAUAUAUAACACUAUAUUUAACAUGCUCCCAACGGCACUGGCGAUGAUUGCGAGACUCCCAAGCUAUCCCGGAACUCUGAGAAGAUCAUGUUUGGGAGACCCUUUGUAAAGAUGUCUGCAUACUGCAACGAGGAAGGGGCGUGGAGAACUCGUAUUUGUCCGAGAGCUACCUUGUAUCGAACAAAGUGUAUAUCAACCUCAAUGUCUUUUGUGUGCUGGUGUUUGACAGGAGAGCAUACCUGCACGCUCAAGAAUGUCAUAGAGGAACUGAGUCUGUGUGAGAAACAACCCAUGAGUCGUGCGCUGGACAUUGAUCCCCAGGAAGAAGUGGAGGUCCCCCAUAUCCGUCAUAGAAAAUUCUCCCUUCAGCCGCUAAAUGAUUCUCUGAAGGAGUGCCUGGUUGGAGGCUGGGCGUGGGCCGAGAAGGCCGGGUGUAGGGUUGGGGAACUACCAGGGUUGAGGUCUGGUGGGUUGUCGUUGAUUGGUGCCGCCACGCCCGAGACCACGGCCCUGUCCUCGAUUGCCGCCAUUGAAAUUACGAGGUUGACCGCCAUAUCCAUGCCCAGGACCGCCUGCCUGCCGCUGCUGUCCGCCCCCCGCUGGACUCCUGCCGCCACUGCUGGUGGUAAGGAGGGUCAUCGACGAGUCGGCGCUGUGGGUGGCGUCGGUUUGUUAUUGUUCGAAGAGCAACAGGGCCGAGCGGACCUCCAAAAAAGUGGGGAACGAAGUUUGAUAUUGGAGAAAAGUAACCUGAUCUCAGAUGUCUUGAGGCAAACCUUGAAGAACCUGCAGAACCAAGGCAUGUUCGGUCACCGGAGCAUCCACAUCAUCGAGAUAAUCAGCGAGAUUUUUGAGGAGAUGGCAAUAUUCAUUAAUUGUCUGAUUCCCCUUGACGGUUGUGUGAAACUAAUGCUCCAAUUGCAUCGCUCGAGCAUGUUUAUUAUCAUGAAACAAUUUAUAGAUCGCCGUCCAUAGAGAAGGGAAGCGAGGCAGUGGGCGAGGAAAAAAAGGGUCGUGAGGUAUUCACUGAGCCACUUCACUUUGCGUGGCAGAUGCGAGGCAAAUUGAAGCAACAAAAUACAAUUACUCUCUUGGAAAAUCAUCGGUCACUCUCUUCUCUGUGUGUGAAAAUCAUCUGCUACUAGUAUUCUCCGAGCUAGUCUUCUCCAGCCAUUGGUUUUUUCUCUUCUCUGUGCUAGUCUUCUCCGGCCAUCAUCGUUCACCUGCGACCCUUAGGUGCAUAUCGAUGGCAAGACCAUUUUCAAUCGACGAAUCACAAAUGUUACCUAGAAUUCAAGGAUUUUGUGUGGCCUAUUGAUGAAACGCCCCAACCGAUAGCCACCCCGAGUGAGCAAUAUGAAUCAUAUGGUGAAAAAGACAUAAUGUUACUGAAUUGCGUUGUGACAAUGACGCAACAAGAUAUUGAACAUGAAAACUUUAUGCAACGAUCAGAAAAGAAAAGGAAACUAACAGA